AUGGACGCAGUUAAUUCAAAACCAAGUGAUGCUAACAUGAUUUUGGUCAUGGGCGUCACAGGUUCUGGGAAAAGCUUUUUGAUCAACCAGCUUGCCGGCAAGAAAGUUGUAGUAGAAAGUGCUGAGCUCGAAUCCUGUGAGUUUUUAAAAAUAUUUACACUUGAAAACUCAAUAUCCCCCUACCCUUGAUAUCACUUGAUAGCGCGAAGUGAGAAGAUUUCUGAUCAAGUUCUAGGUACUGCCAUGUGCCAAGCGAUUCCCAUUGAAAUCGGUCGAACGAAGGUCCUCCUGAUUGAUACACCGGGCUUUGACGACAGCAAGCGAACCGAUGUAGAAAUCCUCAUGGAAAUAUCGAAACUACUCACGGCGCAAUACAAACUCGGUGUCAGCUUGAAGGGGAUAAUUUACCUCCAUCGAAUCACGGACAAUAGAUACCAAGGCUCGUCGGUCAGAACACUUGACAUUUUCAAGGAAAUCUGUGGCGAAAGGGCUCUCAAGAAUGUUAUCUUAGCUUCUACACGAUGGGACAAAGUCGAAGAGCAUGAGGGAGCAGCGAGAGAACCGCAGCUCCGAGAGAAGUUUUGGUCGUACAUGCUUGACCAUGGGUCAAAGAUGACCCGAUAUCAUGGCGAUCGAGAAUCCGCUCACGCAAUGAUCAGUCAACUCCUCGGAAGCGGCAACGUUAUUCUGGAUACUCAGCGGCAAUUGGUGGACGAGGGGAAAACUCUGGACGAAACAAGUGCUGGAGCGUUCGUCAAUGGCAAUAUUUCAGUGGCGAUCAAAAAGUCCGACGCAGAAAUCGAGAUUCUUCAACGUCAACUUCGCGAAAGUAACAACGUAAUGAAACAGAAGCUUGAGGAGGAUAAAAAGAGGGAAGAAGUGAUCGCCAGACAGGCGAGACGAGACCAGGUAAGUCUUCGUACAAAUGUAGGGCAGGUUGUACAGGAUGAGAUGAACGUUGAAAUGGGCCGAAGAAAGAAGAGAAGCAAGAGGAUGGGCAUCAUUAUGCCUCUGCUACCUGCGGCGCUUUCUAUCCUGGAGAUGUUUAUUGGCGUACCCCUCAGUGCCAGUGACCUGUUUUCGUCAUGGAUUCUAGGCGAGGAGGGAGAUGGUGGACUUUUCAACCAAUUUUCUGAAUUAUUUUCUUAG